AUGAAGACAUUCAUGGACAAACAUUCGGGAGGCGUCAACAUGAUCUGCUUCUCACAAGGCGGUGUGAUAUGUCGCGGCGUUUUGGAGCAGCUGGUCCAUAACGUUGAUACGUUCAUCUCCGUCAGUUCACCGCAGGCCGGCCAGUUUGGAGAUACCACAUACCUGAAAUAUCUAUUUCCACAUCUUUUACGGGACGAAGUUUAUAAAGUGGCCUACUCGAACUUCGGACAAAACAUAUCAGUUGGAAAUUACUGGAAUGACCCGCGACACCAGGACAUGUACCUAGAGUGGAGCAGAUUUCUCGCUGUCGUUAACAAUCAGUCAGUUAACCCACUAAGUCAAGACUUUAAGAGCAAUUUUCUCCGCCUAAAUCGGUUGGUAAUGAUAGGAGGUCCAGAUGAUGGAGUUAUCACGCCUUGGCAGUCCAGCCACUUUGGAUUCUUCGACGCCAACUUGAAUGUCAUCGAGAUGGAAAACCAGCCGUGGUAUAUUGAUGAUUGGUUCGGACUGCGGACGUUGGCUGGACGGGGCGGGCUGGUGACGCACGUGGUACCUGGGGUGUCCCACAGACACUGGAUCACCAACCACACCGUCUAUAGGCGAUACAUACUCCCAUACCUCCAAUAAACAUACAGAUAAAUCCACUGGUUAUUUCUGUAUGAUUAAAAUCUUGAUCAAA